AAAGAUGAGGAAAAAAAAAGAAAGAAAGAAAAAAGAUCCCAAGCACGUUCGAUCACACAUUGUGUAUACGUUCAAUUACAAGAUCUGAAUCCAAAUGAACCUUCAUUGAACCAUAUUCGCUUGUACACUCUCGUGCUAUUAUGUAUGUAGUUGUUGAAGUGAGCAAUGCGGAUAAAGAAGUCGACUAAUCGAGGGUGCGAGACAAGAAAGUGAUAGCACAUCGAUGAGAUGGCAAACACAAUACGUCAACUUACUGAUGUGUGCGAGUACACUUUGUGAAAACGAAAACGAUGACCGACAUAGAAAGUGUCUGAUGUCCACUCAGAUUUCGAGGUAGGUUGACUAUAAAAUCAUGCAUCCGCUCGCUGUAAGUCACAGUACUUUUUCUUAUUCAGAAGUGUACAGUACCAAAAUUAAAGAUGCAACAUUAUACUAUCUUCCUGGUCCUAGCUAUAUGCAGUUGUGUAGCAUUAUGCAUAGCUACGGAAGUUGAUAGUCAGUACGAUCAUCAAGCAGAUACAUUUAAAACGCUCGAUACAACGGGCGAGCUCAAUAAUGGGGCUGAAGUACAUACAAGAACAAAGAGGACACUUUUCUUAAAAAAGAAAUUAAUAGGCGCUGGACUUUUAGGAUUUGGUGUCGGUGUUGCUAAAGGCUACAAACUUGGAUAUCACAGUGCUCCUGAAAUUCAUCGUAUAUAUGUUCCACCACCCCCAACUGUUAAAUACGUGGAAUAUGUUGAGAAACCUGUUUAUAUUUCAAGAAUUAUUGAAAAACCCGCGCCAAUUUACAAAGCGGCUCAUUUAGAUUACGAACCAUCCUGGUCUCAACCUGAUCCUUCGCCUCAUUAUGGUUCUUGGUAAAAAAUAUUGGACACUUUUAUAAGCAAAUCCAUAAAUCAUAAAUAUCGUUCUGGGAGCUAGUGUAUGGAUUAUUCGAUGGAUUUAAAUGAAAGAAAAAGUUCUAUUAUUCUACGUUCCUUCAAACUUCUCAAUUGACGAUUUUUAAGCAUGCUCCUGUUUAUAACCAAAAAUACUGUAUUUGUUAAAUAAAAUGUUGUUUUUAUAAUAAAA